AAGUUUCACAUCUUGUUGACAGGUAACGGCGCUCUCAGAGGUUCAUAUCGAGUUAGAUUCCCGAUUUGUAGAAAUUUACAGUGCACAUCUACGAAUUCACGCCAUGUUCUCUGGCCUUCGGUACAUCAUGUACCACUACCCACUCACAGCAGCCGUUAUUGGUAUCGGUAUUUGUAUGGUGUUCCUCUCUGCUGUCGUGAUCUUCAGCUGGUACCGGUUCUCUGGUCCCACUCUGAAUGCUAAAAUUGGUACUGAUCAAUUACCAGCAUCCUUCCACAGUGGGAAUGCUUUAUCUGUUUCUCAAAGAAGUGAAAAGGCAGUGAAAUCAGUGGAGGUUACAGAGUCUUCAGACGACUGGGUGCAACAUGGCAGUUCUUCGGCAUUAUCUGGAGGAUCAAGAGAUCAUAAUGAAGAUGGGGGGAGAAAUGUGACAAGUGAUGAAGGUAACGACCAGCAGAUGGAGAUUAGUCAGCCUGAGGUGACCGGGAAUGGUGGCAGCGAUGAAUUUGAGGUUGUGGAUUCAUCUAAAACUUCAGAAGACCAAGCUGGAAAAAGACGAGCAUCAAAUAUUUACAAGGAUGACGAAGAUUGUGUUGUCCGCCAGAGGUGCAGACUGUUGAGUAGAUGGAUUGAUAACUGCUAAGAAUACUAUUUAGGUUUGAAAGUCAGAAACAUACCAAAGUCUAGUACUGUACAGUAUUGAAUAAUAGACAUUCCAUAAAUUAUCUUUAUAGGAAGGUGCUUUUAUCUUAUCUGUUAAAUUGACAUGUUUACUAUAAAUGUAUUUAUAUAAGUUAAAAUACUUUAAGCAUCUUCAGUAAAUAUAAAACAAACUAUGGCAUCAGGGUUAAGGAAGUGUGGAUAUAGUACUGUAUAUUAUAAUAGUGUUUGUUCAAGAGGUUCACUGUGUAUGUUUGUAUCAUAGUACAGUACUACAAGUAGCCAAUGUAUCAGUCUGUUGAUGUGCUUAGUUUGGAUGUGAAAUUGUGAUGAAUUUGAGAACGUGUUUAUAGUAUGCAUGUACAGCUUUAACAUGUUGCAUACUGUGUUUAUUUUCACAUCACUGUAAGUUUGACCAGUCAAGUGAUGAUACUGUGUGGAUAUUGGUCUGGAAGAUAAUGUUUAAGAGCUCAUAUCUAAACAGGUAACCAGUGCAGUGAUUAUAUUUUAUCAAUGUCUUUUCUCUGUUUUAAUGGAAUGUGAAUGGAAGUAACAGUUUAAGUCAGCAAAUAUGAGCACUUUAUAUAACUCUUGAUUGUUUAAACCAAAAUUUUUUACAGUAAAAUCUUGUUACAAUUUGCUCAGGUUGAAUGUGUGGUGCUAGUUCGUCUUGGCCAUAAUUUUGUUGGCUGUCAUUUUAAUGUACUGUACAUUACCCACUGGACCUAUUUUUA